UGUGGGAUAGCCGUAGCCGAAUUCGGCUAAGUUAGCACAACAGCUAACGUUCAUAACGGUAGAUCCGCUUUGUUUUGGUUCACGGCGGCCGUUCGAACCAGUCUGAGAAGGAAGGACAAGAUGGACAAAUACCGCAAGAGUGUCGUGGAGCUGUUGUGGAGCUAUUUCAAGGUCGUAGACGACGUGUCGGUCCAGUGUCUGCUCUGUUCUCAGUAUCUGCACAAACAGGGUCAUGGCUCCGCCACCCAGAUGCUGAGACACCUGCGUGUCAAACAUCCCGCAGAGGUCUCGGGGAAAGAGUUCGUACUGAACGCCGAACGUGCAGCGAGCCAGGAGGAAGACGGGAGCCUGGAAAUAGAUGGAGACCAGAUCAUCUCAGUGGUAGUGGAAAUGGAGGAAGGAGUCUCGGACGUCAAGACCCCACCUAACGAUUCUGAUGUCAGUCCUCCUGUCAGUGCCUUCCCAGAAACUUUCCAACAAGUUUCGGCAGAACAGUUGCCUGUAGAGCCGAGCGACGACAAUCCUGCCAAAAACACACGCAGGCGCAGUUUGAUCUGGAGGCUGUUUGAACAUGUGGAAAGUUUAAACGCUGCCCGUUGCCUCAUUUGCAUGAAGAAGUUGCACGAAAGCGGUGGUGUGAGCAACCUUCGUAGGCACUUGAACAAGAGACACCCAAAGGUGCUCUCAGAGCUACUAGCCAGCAGCCAUCAACGUCCUUCACUGGAAGAUGGUACUGAUGUUGGCAUACAUGAGAACGAGCAUGAUCCAGUGAAAGUGAUAGUUGGAGGGGACGCUGGAGUUUUGACUGAGCUGACGGAGACGGCAAACAACAACGGCCUCUUGAACACAUCGCAAGGUUCAGCACGGAUGAUCACACCUGCAGAGGAGGGCUCGAACGCUAAUGCUGGGACCAGUGAAACCUCGUGGAAGAACACCCAGAAAUGGAUUCCAGAAGCACUGGAGAAUGGCAACGCUGAAAUCACAACUCGAUCCAACAAAAUGCCUCCAUCGGAUGAAAUCGAUUCGGCCAUAAACGGCCUAUUGCAGACUUUGCAGAAAGGUUCGGUACAAGCAACAUGCGCAGGUGAAAGUGAGGAGCAGUCUGCGAAGAAAACGCGCAGACGGAGUCUGAUUUGGCAUCACUUUAAGCGUCUGGAGAGUUUGAAUGCAGCUCAGUGUCAGAUUUGCAUGAAGAAGCUUCAAUGUUUCGAGAGCGGUUGCACCAGCAAUUUGCACCGACACAUGUCGAAGAGGCAUCCGAAGGUGUUCUCUAAACUGGCAUCGAACCAGCAGCAGCGCUUAUCACCCAACACAAAUUUGAAAAAUGACGGGGCAGAUAGGAGCUAUACACUGAGAAAACACAACCACCAGAUUCCAGUCCCUGCAGGUGAACUGAAGGCUUCAAGAGAACCUGAAGUGGAAAGCAGAAUUUUAAUGCAGGAAAAGGAACUGAUAGACGCUCUGAGGAGAACGCAGAGGGAGGAGGCUCGGACUCUGAAUGAUCAGAGAGAGCUGGUUGAGAAGCUGAGAGCAGCCAGCGCCAGAGAGGCAGCUGCAGAGAGGGAGAAAAUUGAGUCCCUGCGAAAAGCACAGCAGGAAGAAGCCAAAGAGUUGAGUAGACAGCGCCAGGAGCUAGAGAGCGAAAAGACGGAGCUUCAGAAGAGGUGGGAAGAGCUUCAUCGGGAAAGAGAAGAACUCUUGUUGCUCUCCAGAGAGAAGAAGCCUCUGGAUGAUGUUCUGACGUAACGGCGUUCCAGAAAAAUCAAUGCACUGUUGAUUUUUCUUUUUGUCAGCUGGAUUUUCUGUUAUUGUAUCUCUGUGUCGUCAGAUGUGGAGAAAUAGCAAAUUUCAGAACAGAUGUUUGACUCCUCCUUGCAAUGAUUGCAAGAUUUGUUUGUCUCUUCAGUGAGUUUUGCUAACAAAUUUAUUUCCUGUCAAAUAAAACUACCCGCACAUCAAUGGGGUCACUGUUGGCACAGAUAUUCAAGGAUGGGAAAUAUUUUGAGCUGCAAAUGCAGCAGCGGAGUUGUAAAAUGAAAAGACAUUUUGAUAUUCAACUUUGUUGCUUAAUCCUUUUUUAAUGUAUUUUAGUGAACACCAACUUCUACAGUGA